UUACCCCGUCCAAUCACGUCACCCCCAUCCUAUCGGUGUCGUUACCGUGUGAUGCAGCUGAUGCCUAGGCUGUGCGACGUGAUUGUUGAUGCGAGGUGAUGGGAGGGAAGGGGGGUGAUAGGACGGGGUGUGGGGAGGGGUCGUGAGAACAGCUGCUGGUCUCGGGAGGGGGCAUGACUCAUGUGGGCUGGCCAGACAAGAGGGAGGGCCUCGUGGAGGGUGCCGUGUGUAUCCGGGCAGCAGGAAGCAGCGGCAGGCGAGGAGAUAAAGCAUGAGGUGGGGAGGAUAGGGCAGAGAUGGAGAGGAGGAAGAAACUGACAAAUGUGCAACAGCCCCCUUGUUUGAGUGUAAAUAUGCUGUUUUCAUUAUAGCUUGCUCGUGUAUUCAGCAUUUGUUUAGCCAUGCAUAUAGAUAGUAGCAAUAUACUAGAAUGGCAUGGCUACGAGUUGGUUUUAGUGCAGGUAGCACAUCAUAUAUACAAUGGAAAUCUUGCAUGUGUACCAAAAUUGCGUAUACGGCCUGAGGCAACA